GCACCGGUUUCCUUUCUGGCAGUGAGUAUGAAUAAGAGAGGGAAAUAUACAACACUGAAUUUGGAGGAGAAAAUGAAGGUUCUAAGUAGGAUUGAAGCGGGACGAUCUCUUAAAAGUGUAAUGGAUGAAUUUGGAAUCAGUAAAUCAACAUUUUACGACAUUAAAAAGAACAAGAAAUUGAUUUUGGACUUUGUACUGAAGCAGGACAUGCCAUUAGUAGGGGCCGAGAAGAGAAAGAGAACAACAGGAGCCAAAUAUGGUGACGUGGAUGAUGCAGUCUACAUGUGGUACCAACAGAAACGCUCAGCUGGUGUCCCUGUGAGAGGCGUGGAGCUUCAGGCUGCUGCCGAGAGAUUUGCACAGUGUUUUGGGCGAACAGACUUCAAAGCUAGCACUGGUUGGCUUUUUAGAUUUCGAAAUAGGCAUGCAAUUGGGAACCGAAAAGUAUGUGGGGAACAAGUCCUACGUUCAGCUUCAGAAAAUGUUGAGCCGUUUCGACAAAAACUGUCCAUGCUUAUCAAAGAGGAGAAACUGUGUCUUGCUCAGCUGUACAGUGGGGAUGAGACUGACCUCUUUUGGAAGUCAAUGCCAGAAAAUACUCAGGCAAGCAGAAAAGAUAUCUGCCUGCCAGGGAGGAAAAUAAACAAAGAACAAUUGUCUGCUCUUUUAUGUGCAAAUGCAGAUGGUACUCAUAAGUUAAAGUCAAUCAUUAUUGGAAAAUCAAAGCUGCCCAGAAGUGUAAAAGAGGACACAUGUACAUUACCUGUGAUAUACAAACCUAGUAAAGAUGUUUGGUUCACCAGAGAAUCGUUUUCAGAAUGGUUUUUUCAAAACUUUGUUCCUGAGGUCAAGCACUUUCAAGUUAAUGUUCUAAGAUUCCAUGAGGAGGAUGUCAGGGCCUUGUUACUUCUGGACAAUUCUCCAGUUCACCCUUCCACUGAAUCACUAACCAGUGAGGAUGGUCGAAUAAAAUGCAUGUUCUUUCCCCAUGACACUUCAACCUUGAUUCAACCAAUGAAUCAGGGUGUUAUCUUGAGCUGCAAACGACUUUAUAGGUGGAAGCAACUUGAGGAGAGUCUUGUAAUUUUUGAAGAAAGUGAUGAUGAGCAAGAUAAAGGAGAAAAAGGAGUUUCCAAGAUUAAAAUCUACAACAUAAAAAGUGCAAUUUUUAACUGGGCAAAGAGUUGGGAUGAAGUAAAACAAAUAACCAUAGCAAAUGCAUGGGAAAAUCUUCUUUACAAAAAGGAACCUGAAUAUGAUCUUCAAGGCUUAGAAGAUGGGGAUUAUAGAGAAAUUCUUGAGAAAUGUGGAGAGUUGGAAACCAAGCUGGAUGACGAUAGGGUGUGGUUAAAUGGGGAUGAAGAAGAAAAGGGCAGCCCCCCGAAAACAAAAGGUGGAAUUACAAAGGAAGUUGUUCAAAAAGCGGGAGCUGAGGAGCAGACUGCUGAAUUUAAGUUAUCUGCUGUAAGAAAGAGUUUGGACUACCUUCUUGACUUUGUUGAUGCGACACCUGAGUUUCAAAGGUUCCAUUUUACACUGAAAGAGAUGCAACAAGAAAUAAUCAAGAAGCAGUUCCAGAGUAGAAUCCAUUCUAGAAUUGGUAGCUUUUUGAAACGUAGGCCUCAUAAUAUUAAGGAUUCCUUCAAUAUGCCUUCAACUUCUGGUUGUAGUAAUUAG